AUGCUCGUCGGCUCCACCUGGCCGUCGGGCGUGUCCGCGCGCAACCUGGCGCAUUGGUCCCAGAUGUUCCACACCGCCAACGGCAUCCUGAUGUACGACUUUGGCCAGAACUGCUCUGAGAGCUGGACCCAGCAGCCGUUCCAGGAGAGCUGCAACCAGGCCAAGUACGGCUUUGACACGCCACUGCAGUACGAUCUGAGAAAGGUGUCGGCGCCCGCGGCGCUGUUUGAGGGUACCGAUGACCUCAUGGCCACCCAGCCCGACUCUAAGGUGCUGCAGGCCACCUGGAACUCCACAGUGCUCUUCAAGAAGAUCUACCCCAAGGUCGCCCACAUGGACUUUGUCUGGGCGCGGAGGCCCGUGAUGAAGCAGGACAUCAUCAACACGCUCUGGGGGGCGGCGGACAAGGUCGUGUGA